AUGAAGAUCAGUCCAUGGAUACUCAUAGCCAUCAUCAUGAUGAUCUUAGCAUCAUUUCCUUCUCCGAUCAAAGUCGUUGGUGCAAAAAAAGAGCUACCAUUUUGCAAUCUGGAUCUUCUAGCUUGCGUCCAACCUUUUCUAGUUAACGGUCACGGAGGCAAACUGCCUAAAGGCUGUUGUGAGAAAAUGAAAAAGUCAACAUCAUGCAUGUGUAGAUUCCUUACGGCCAAGGAACAGAAUCUAAACGCAGCUGCUCAUAGAAUAUUCUGGUUUUGCCAUAUUUCUGUCCCCAAUUGUCCAAAAAUAUAG